AUGUGCAAUCACAUUCCUCACGACAGCGCCACGCUGGGAGCGUUGGCGCUGACCUCGAAUUCGGUCAACGUAGAGCUAUCCACCGACGAGGAUGCGGGUGACUCUGAUGAACCUCCCGACCUACCUCCACCAAUGCCUCCCGUCGCGAACCAUUUCAAGCGCACCCCCAUCAGGGGUGGCAACGAGAAUCACCAGUCGCUGUUGACUAAGGCUCUCUUGUGCCAUUCUGAAGAUGAGGCAUAUGAGAGAAACUCGUUGACCAAGCGGAGAAGGCGGUCGAUAACAAGCAAUAUCAGUAUCGCGUCGACCGCUGAUCUGACGUGUGACACCGGCAUCACCACUCCGGCGCGGACAAGUUCUCCCAGCCCACGACUGCCAGAUAUUGGUUUCGUUCUCCGAUCUCACGGAUUACUUCAAGCCCACCGGGACACACCCGAUCCUGCUGCACAAGCACUGGCGAAAAAGCGAUGCAUCUCCUUCGCAUGUGCGGCUAAACCAACCCGCGACGUCGACGCCCAGCCUCCACGCCAUCAGCGGCCCACUGAUGGCACGCUUAAGCCGACUUUGCAUGAAGCCCCGAAACGACCCUCCAUCAAGUUCGCCUGUCCUGCUCAGCCAUCAUCGAGCAAUCCCCGCUAUCAGCGAUCAGAGUUGCUAGCCCGUACUCCGAUGCCCAAGUCGACACUCCACAAGGACCGGUCGCCUUCUGCCGCCCACAAGAAUCGCUCUCCUUCCACUGUGCGGUCCGUUCGAUCCGUGACUCCCAGGCGGUUACCUCAGAGCCCAACAGCUACGCACACUACAAAGUUUCUCACGGCCAACUCGAAAGACCUACAAAGCGAAUGCUCAAGGUUUCACGAAUUCGCGAGGGAUGAGCCGCAAGAAGACGAUUGGAUCCGUCUCGAUGGCACGCUAUCGAGAGGCAGAAUCACCAUCGAUGACACUUUGGAGAAGGAGAAUGCCAUCCGGAAGUUGGGCAAGGAGGCUGAAGAGGAAGCCGAAUUGGAAGAGGAGAUUGAAGGAGACGACGAUGAAGAUGGCGAUGAUGACGACGACGACGAAACGGCGGGCGCCAAUGACGAUGAUGGCGACUUGGGGGACGAUCUACAGCCAGGCGAGGUGGAUGAAAGCCUGGAGUUUGAAGACGACUAUUCUGGAUAUGGCUCCGACGACGAUGCCUCGGACGGUUACAACACAGAUAACGAGGUCGGAUUUGCCGAUUCAGAUGAUGAGGAUGACGACCUGGUUUUAUGGACAACAGGCCAGGCCAGCAAAUUGAACCUCGUUGGCCCAGGCCCCUUGCGCCGCCGUUCGUCGUUGGGCGAGACCUGCUCCGAUUCAUCUGCGCGCAUAAAGCCUAGACAUCGAAGCAGUCGCGCGAAGGACGCCGCCAUUCGCUCUGGAACCCCCGAGCUACCGGACAGCACCGACUUUGUCUGCGGCACUCUUGAUGAAGACCGGCCAUUGGAAGAGGCAUACAUCUCCCGCAUCACCGCCCGCAAACGGGAAAAACUUCAUCCCAUUCCCCAAGACAUAGACCCCAGCUUUCCUACGUCGGAGCCGGAAGAUGAUGCCGAGGACAUGCACAAACAUGACCAAGGAAACGAGGAUCACGUAUGGCCCCACGGCGAGCUUGAGGAUAUCCACCACGAAACCAAUCGUGGAGACAGGUGGAAGAGAAAGAGAACUCAAUCCCCGAAGCGUCACCAUUCGCCGCCUCCUAAGCGUCAUCAUUCGCCUGCACCCAAGCUUCGCGGUCGCUCCCCACGCCGCCUCUUUGAGAAGCAGUCUCCAAGACGUUGGAGGUCACCGCCGCCACCUCAAGCGGCCAAGUCUCCUACGGUGUCACCGAUCAAGCCCGGCCAGAAAAUUGCCUUCAAAUCUCUGGCUUUUCGGCCGGGACUGGUCUACACCAAGUCGUUGCCGAGAACCCCUGCAGUAUUCUCGCACAUGAAGAAACGGAGGCACUCACACACGCUGACAAAGGGGGAUCAUGUCCGUGGCGCUAUAGAUAUCGUCAAGGGGCUCGAGCAGAAGAGACAGAGACGGAAGGAGAAGUUCUACCAGAAAUACUGCAGCCGUGCGCGGAAGAACCAUGUGCAGGAGAGAAGACCCGCGCCGGGCCAAGGAGCACAGCGUAUGAGAGAGGUUGGCCUGAUCAUGGCUGGGAAGAUUGGGCCCGGGAACUACGUUCUUUCUGUCUAG